CAAAGUACUGAGUAAAGGGUCCGAAUACUUAUGUAAAUGUCAUAUUUCAGUUUUAGUUCUAUUUUUUUGCUCAGAUUUCUACAAUUCAGUUUUUGCUGUGACAUUACGGGGUGUUGUGUGUAGAUUGAUGAGCGGGGAAAAAAACAAUUGAAUCCAUUUUAGAACAAGGCUGUAACAUAAUGAAAUGUGGAAAAAGUCAAGGGGUCUGAAUGCUUUCCGAAUGCACUGUGCCUGUCUGUGUACUGCCCAGUCUGCACCCCACGACCUCUUAAGAUUGACAGCUUGAUUUUGGAUUGUGUUACACACACACACCAUUACUCACAAGUGUGCCUGCACACACACAUAGACACACACAGUUACGUAUACUCAUUGUGUGUUAUGAAGGACUGGUCAGAGAGGGCUUUGUAGUGUUGUUUUGAGAGGAGGUGAGCGGUCAGCUCAUUGGCCAGCAUGGCUUUGAUGGACAGGUGGCAGAGUCCACUGGAGCGACACUGACUUUCACCCUGAGCCCACCCCUUGCUUUACCGUUGCCAUUGGAAACAUGAUGAAGAGGAGGAAGGAGAGGCCAGGAGCUCCCGACCUGCGCAUGCAAAUCUGGCCGGCCGCUCAGCACCGCUGCCAUGGCAACAGCAGCCUCCUGCAGCACCUGCUCUCUCCCACCUCACUCCCUCCCUCCUUCCACACCUCCUCCUCCCAGCCCUCCCUCCUCCUCUACUCCACCUCUGCCCACCCAGAGGGCCCACUGUCAGCCCCUGUCCACCAGGUGGUAAACCCCUUCCUCUGGAGCUGUCGGACCAGCAAUAGGAAGAGCCUUAUUGUGACAUCCAGCACCUCUCCUACACUACCCAGACCACACUCACCACUACAUGGACACCCAGCAGAAAAGUCUACAUGUGGUCCACCAGAAAUACAGCAUCACAUCAGUGUUUUCCGGAGCAGCCCUCUGGACAGCCCCAGAAACUUCUCCCCCAACACGGCAGCACACUUCUCCUUCGUUCCAGCUCGCAGGACGGAUGGCAGGCGCUGGUCUCUGGCAUCACUGCCCUCCUCUGGAUAUGGCACCAACACACCCAGCUCCACUGUCUCGUCAUCCUGUUCAUCCCAGGAGAAGCUGCACCAGCUGCCCUUCCAGCCCACGGCGGACGAGCUGCACUUCCUCACCAAGCACUUCAGCUCCGAGAGCAUCACCGACGAGGAGGGACGACACUCGCCCAUGCGCCCCCGCUCACGCAGCCUCAGCCCUGGUCGCUCACCCAUUUCCUUUGACCAUGAGAUCGUCAUGAUGAACCAUGUCUACAAGGAGCGCUUUCCCAAGGCCACGGCUCAGAUGGAGGACCGUCUGGCUGACUUCCUAUCGUCCUCGGCUCCUGACAAGGUGAUGCCCCUGGCCGAUGGGGUUCUCAGCUUCAUACACCACCAGGUCAUAGAGCUGUCCAGAGACUGCCUGGAUAAAAGCCGCGAGGGUUGCAUCACCUCACACUACUUUUACGAGCUGCAGGAGAACCUGGAGAAACUGCUACAAGACGCUCACGAGCGCUCUGAGAGUGUGGAAGUCACAUUUGUGACCCAGCUGGUGAGGAAGCUGAUGAUCGUCAUCGCUCGGCCGGCACGACUGCUGGAAUGUCUGGAGUUUGACCCGGAGGAGUUCUACCACCUGUUGGAGGCAGCAGAGGGCCAUGCCAAGGAGGGCCAGGGCAUCAAGUCAGACAUCCCCCGCUACAUCAUCAGCCAGCUGGGUCUCACCAGAGAUCCCCUGGAGGAGAUGGCCCAGCUGAGCAGCUACGACAGUGGGAACCCAGACACGCCAGAGACAGACGACUCUGUGGAUAGUCGAGGGGCCACGGUACCUGUUGUAGCUCCCCCUAAAACCAAGGCCCCACGGGAGGAGGACUUUGAGAACAUCAAGCUCAUUAGCAACGGGGCUUACGGUGCUGUGUUUCUGGUGCGUCACAAGGAGACGCGUCAGCGUUUUGCCAUGAAGAAGAUCAACAAGCAGAACCUAAUCCUAAGGAACCAGAUCCAGCAGGCCUUUGUAGAGAGAGACAUCCUGACCUUUGCUGAGAACCCCUUCGUGGUCUCCAUGUUCUGCUCCUUUGAGACACGCAGACACCUCUGUAUGGUCAUGGAGUAUGUGGAGGGUGGUGACUGUGCCACCCUGCUGAAGAACAUUGGGGCUCUGCCUGUGGACAUGGCACGCAUGUACUUCGCUGAGACCGUGCUGGCACUGGAGUACCUCCACAACUAUGGCAUCGUACACAGAGACCUCAAACCGGACAAUCUUCUGAUCACUUCGAUGGGCCAUAUCAAGCUGACAGACUUUGGCCUGUCUAAGAUCGGUCUGAUGAGCCUCACCACUAACCUGUAUGAAGGACACAUAGAGAAGGAUACCAGGGAGUUCCUGGAUAAACAGGUGUGUGGUACACCAGAGUACAUAGCCCCAGAGGUGAUCCUGAGACAGGGCUAUGGGAAGCCAGUAGACUGGUGGGCCAUGGGGGUCAUCCUCUAUGAGUUCCUGGUGGGCUGUGCCCCUUUCUUUGGAGACACGCCAGAGGAGCUCUUUGGACAGGUCAUCAGUGAUGAGAUCAUAUGGCCAGAGGAGGAGGAGGCUCUUCCUAACGAUGCCCAGGACCUCAUCUGCAAACUCCUCAGACAGAACCCUCUGGAGAGGCUGGGUACAGGCAGUGCAUUCGAGGUGAAGCAACACCGGUUCUUUUAUGACCUGGACUGGAACAGUCUGCUGAGACAGAAGGCAGAGUUCAUCCCUCAGCUGGAGUCAGAGGAAGACACCAGCUACUUUGACACCCGUUCAGACAGGUACCACCACAUGGACUCUGAAGAUGAGGACGACACUAACGAUGACGAUCACGUAGAGAUGCGCCAGUUCUCCUCCUGCUCGCCCCGCUUCAGCAAGGUGUACAGCAGUAUGGAGCGUCUCUCCCUUCAUGAGGAGAAGCGGGCCCCCCCACCCACCAAGCGCAGCCUCAGUGAGGAGGGAGGAGAGCGCAUCGACAGCCUCAGUGGGCUCAAGUCCAGAGACCGCUCCUGGCUGGUGGGGUCACCUGAGAUCCUGCGUAAGCGUCUGUCCGUCUCGGAGUCGUCCCACACUGAGAGUGACUCCAGCCCUCCUCUGGCUGUGCGUAGACGCUGCUGCUCCGCCAUCAUCGAGAUGCCACGCUUCGCCAUCUCCUCAGAGGAGGAAGGAGGGGUGGCCCCCAGUCGUAAGAGCCCCAGCCUGCUCAGCCAGACCCCCGGGGGAGUCAGGGGACCCCGCAGUGAGGAGCUGCCCCUCUCCAUCCCAGAGCUCCCAAUAGAGAGAGAGCUGAAACUGGUCGAGUCCCCCACCACACCUGGGUCCAUCACCAGCCAGCUCAGCAGAGCCACACUCACACCGGGUAGUUCAGGAGAUGUGUGGGAGCGUGGUACAGUGUCGGGAGCAGACAGCUCUACCUCUACCCCUAAGGCCAUCAGUGACCUGGCAGUUCGGAGGGCCCGCCACAGACUGUUGUCUGGAGACACGGACAAACACACCCAGUCCAGACCCCUCAACAAGGUCAUCAAGUCUGCCUCGGCAACUACGCUCUCACUCAUGAUCCCUCCAGACCACCAUGGAGCCUCCCCAUUGGCCAGCCCCAUGUCACCCCACUCCCUCUCCUCCAAUCCCUCAUCCAGAGACUCCUCCCCGAGUAGAGACCUUUCGUCGGCCGUAGUCAACAUCAAACCCCCCAUCAUCAUCCACCGGGCGGGCAAGAAGUACGGCUUCACCCUCCGGGCCAUCAGGGUGUACAUGGGAGACACGGAUAUCUACACCGUACAUCACAUAGUCUGGCAUGUGGAGGAGGGUGGUCCUGCCCAUGAUGCAGGGCUGAGAGAAGGAGACCUCAUCACUCAUGUGAACGGGGAGGCUGUCCACGGCCUGGUCCACACUGAGGUGGUGGAGCUCAUCCUCAAGAGCGGUGGUAAGGUGUCCGUCUCAGCCACGCCCUUUGAGAACACCUCCAUCAAGGUAGGCCCCGCCCGCAAGACCAGCUCCAAAUCCAAGAUGGCGCGUCGCAACAAAAAGACCAAGACCAAAGAUGGAGGCCAGGAAAGCAGCGGCAAGAAGAGGAACUCUCUGUUCAGGAAGAUCACCAAGCAGGCGUCUCUGCUCCACACCAGCCGUAGUCUAUCCUCUCUCAACCGCUCCCUGUCUUCUGGAGAGAGUGGACCAGGGUCCCCCACACACCUGUCCCCCAGGUCACCUACACCUGGCUACCGCUCCACGCCUGACUCUGCACACUCUGUAGGGGGAAACUCGUCUCAGAGCAGCUCUCCCAGCUCCAGUGUUCCAAACUCCCCAGCCAGCUCCGGUCACAUCCGGCCCAGCUCCCUCCAUGGCCUCGCCCCCAAGCUCCAGCGCCAGUACCGUUCCCCUCGACGCAAGUCAGCCGGCAACAUCCCCCUAUCCCCCCUGGCCCGCACCCCCUCCCCCACCCUGCAGAGCACCUCCCCCAACGUUCUCCCCCCCCUGCCCAGCCAUGCUGUGGGCUCCUCCUCUAUGGGCCAGUCUUUCCCUGUGAAACUCCACUCCUCCCCUCCUCUGGUCAGGCAUAUCUCCAGGCCCAAGAGCACUGAACCCCCCCGCUCCCCACUCCUCAAACGAGUACAAUCCACCGAGAAGCUUGCCUCCUCCCUCUCCUCCUCCUCCUCCUCAUCCUCCUCGUCUCCCUCUGCGUCGGGGGCCGGAGGUGACAAGAAGCUGCCUGUAGUGGUAACAGGACGUAAACACAGCCUGGACAUCUCCCACCAGGAGUUUAAGAAGGAGAUGCUUCAGAGAGACCCCAGUCUGCAGAUCCUGCAGGAGUCCGCUGGGGAGAGAGAGGGGGUGCUGGGGGUCGGGACGGGGGUGGGGGGUCGCGGGGGCCCCGUGGAGAAGGGCAGCCUGCAGAAACACUCCUCCUCCAGCAGGAAGCUGGGGCGUCAGGAGGGGGACGUCGGACCGGCAGCCGGGUCCCUGGGGCUGGCCCCCGGGAAGAGCAAGCUGAAGGACAAGCUGUCAGCCAUUAGACAGGACCGGGCUGAGAGGAGGGAGUCACUGCAGAAGCAGGAUGCUAUCCACGAGGUGGACUCUUCAGAGGACGAGACAGACGAGGGGUCGGAGGACAGCCAAGACGGGAGGGGCAGGAACACCUGUACUUUCACCCCCCCGCUGCUCCGCCCCACCUCCGUCAUGGCCACCGCCCCCCGCACGGGACCCGGGGGCACCCUCCCCUCCCUGUGUCUGUCCCCCUCCUCCACCCUGCUGCCCAGCAGAGCCACCAUACCCUCCACAAUCCCCGAACACAAGCCCACUCAGAGUGCUCAUUCGCUGGGAGGGAAAGACAGCGGCUCAGCCUCCUCAGAUGACUGUGGGAGGAGAGAGGGGAAGGCUCCAGACACCAGCUCCAAGUUCACCCAGAGCCCCCUGUCCAGCACCUUCGCCACACCCGGCAGUGCUUUCAUCUCCAUCAGUAAGGACACCUUCCUGAAGCCUGCUGCUCCAUCUUCACAUCAGGAAUGGAGGAGCCCCAAGCAACCUGAGCCCAGAGGGAAGAGCAGUAGUCCUGGGUUAUGGAGUGAGGAGAGAGACUCUGGCCUGGAGGCCCCCAGAUCCAGCCCCACUGGAUCCAUAGAUGGCAGAUACAUAGCCCACACAUCCAUCUCUUCCCCAGGCAUCACCAAGGAGAAAAAGGAGGCCGACAACCGGAGGCAGGCUGCUGCUGCCGCUGCCGCUGCAGCCUACGCCACCCCAGCCUACCCCACCCCAUCCUAUGCCAUCCCCAGCCCCCCAGCCCAAGUGUCAGGGUCAGAGAGUGGGGUGGAUAAGGUUGUGUCCCAGCUAGCCACUGUGGCUAAGAGCUUCCUGGGCCCCGUCAAACUCACUAUCCCUGGGGCCAAGGAGGCUUUUGAGAGGGCCAAAGACCAGAACCAGAAACCCUCUCACCCCAAGACCACACCCGACUCACCCCUUACCACUACCACCACCACACCCCUCUCCCCCUCCCCCUUUAGACACCCUGCCCCUCAGCCACCGCCCCGCCUGUCCUCCCAGUCUCCCUCCCGGCAGCCCUCUUACAAAACUGAGCCAGCCCCCCCUCCCCCUCCACAAAGGAGGGCCUCCCCUCCUAAAGACUGUGCCCCGGGGCCCCAGGACCACCCAGAGAGGCCAUUGAUGGGGUUACAAGGCAGUAGGGAGACUCCAGCAGCCAUUACAGCUGUUACUGCACCAAGACAGGGGCCCACCAACACACCCACCCAGACCCCUACUGCAGCCUCGGAGCAGCGCAAGAGGCCAGACCCAGCUGCCCCACGGAGACCCAACCCUGCCUCCGCAGCCUCCACCCCACAGGACAAAACCAGCAGCAAGAAGACGUAGCAGAAAACAAGACUCAAGAAACACCCAUGACGAUACAGACUGCUGUCACGAGAUUUUAAUCUUCAAUCCACAAACAACUGCAUGAGAAUAAUAAUUUAUUCAAAACUUUUUGCAACACACAAAUCAUUAUGAGGGACGGCAAGAGCGAGACAGAGAGAGAGAGAGAGAGAGAGAGUGAGAUUGGGGAUAGAUCUUUGCCCUGACUAUGUCCCAGAGGCAUCCAGGUUCGCUGUGCCUCUCUUGUUCUUCUUAUUCUGUGUUUUAUCAUUCAGACAUGGAUUAAUGAUCCUGUGAAGUCAGUCUGUUUGUUUCUCCCGGG